GGCGGCGGUGGUGCACACGCGCUCUGGCCGGGGGCUCGUGCAAGUCUUUUAGUCAUUUUUUUUCGUACCUCUUACUCCUUCGUUCCUUCGUUGGACUCUCGAUACGGUAGACGUGAGAUUGGUCAUGCCUUCCAGGCCGGUUAGCUAUCCCUCUGUGGAUAUGUUGUAGCGCUGCAUCCACAGAAACCUGCUGUGUAAUAGCAUUUCCCGCCGAUGCAGAUACGAUCUCGGCAGCCGCCAGGGAAACAGAGACGGCUUCUUGCGUUCGGUUUCACGAGAAAAAACCCGACAUUCCGUUGAAUGUCAUCGUCAAUCGAUUCGAUACUGCUUGAGUGGGAUCGUAAUCGUAGCUUCUUUCGGUGAUGAUCGUAGUGCAGUGCAAGUGAAAUCUGCCCUAGUCCAGCAUCGUACCGUUGGCACGAGCACGCACGUGGAUAACGAAUAGUUGGUCGGCUGUAGAGUUGGUUUACGUCCGGUUCACGAGAACAGCACCUUCCUACGGUUUGUGCUAAGGUUGCAUGCAGAUGAAAACCUUCGUAACACACAAGAGGGUGUUUUAUUGAAGUGUCGCGUACACGUGCGUGCUCAAAUGUGGUUUAGUGGAGUGAAUAGGUGAAGAUGAAAUGAUGAAAUCUAUCAAAUCUUCAUCACAUGCUCGUGUUUCAGUUCAAAGUUCAAUGGCAGUUCGAAGAAUGUGUAAAUCAGGACGGUCUAGUGGGGACAGUGAUACUCUUGUGCAAUCAACUUAAUUGAUGGAGUGGUUCCUAUUAAAAAAAACUCGCCACGAAUGUCCGAGUGCACUCGUUUUAAACUCGUUAAUCACCAACGGGAGGUAAUGAGAUUAUAAUUGAGACACAAAAAAAUCUAUCAUCUCGAAAUCUGUCCAAUGACUAGAGAAACGUACGCAUUUAAACUUGGGCGUAUCCUCGGGUGCACACAACACGUUCUUUCAUUCUUCGUCUAGUCUAAGUGCUUGGCGAGAGCAUCAAGGAGUUUCGGUUUCGGUUCAGCAAAACCGGGCUGAUCGAGACGCGCUAGUGGGUCAAGAUGGCCUGCAGUAAAGGCUAUUUUCUAAAGCUAGCCAUCUUCCAACAAUGCUUCCUGUACAUAACACUCGUGGUCCUAGCCACAGGCACAACCAAUACAAGCGAAGACAACCAUUUACUGAUAACCCGCUGCCGAUCAAAUUGUACGUACGACAAACAGUGCUAUCACAAGUGCAUGCGCAACUAUCUAGAAAAUUCUGCAUACAAAAAGUAUGGCGACUGUCCCACCAAUCCGCCCAGCAAGCUCGAUACGAUUUGUCUAAACACGUGCGAUGGUUUAGAUUAUAAAUGUCCUGGCGUGGAGAAGUGCUGUGCACACUCGUGCGGUCAAAGCUGCCAAAGUCCGCAGAAUCUGGACAAGGUAAAAGGAUUACCACCGGUGCCAGUUCACGCGAUGCUGCUCGACAAAGGAGUUCAGUAUCGCACGGCGGAAAUACAGUGGGAUAUGAAGCCGGAACAAGAACAACCGAGUCCGACGUACUACAUAGUGGAGUCGAGGUACCAUAUUGGCACCAGCUACACCGAUCACAGGAUGGAAAAUGACUGGCAGCUCCAUCCGCUCACCAGUUUCAUGCAGGAAGAUUUGGGAAACUUGAAACGAUAUACCUGCGAACUUAAACUUAAACCAGGUCGCUGGUACCAGGUGCGUGUUGCGGCCAUAAAUUCAAUGGGAACCCGUGGAUACUCCCUGGCAUCGAAGCCGUUUCAACUGAGCAAAAAACCAAAUCCACCACAAGCACCGAAAAGCUUGAUCAUCGAAUCAUUGGAGCAGAACGAGAACGGAACGUAUGACUGCCGGGUCUCCUGGAGCCUUUCCCGGUCGGAUCUGCCGGUGGAGAAGUACAAACUGAGCUGGAGUCUGUAUCUCAAUGCCACCAACAACCGGUCUCGGACGGAUAACUCUUCACUUUUCAAGGAAAUGGCAACGAUAUCCGCCCCCACCCGUUACUAUGACAUUCGUGGAUUGCAGCCGAACCGAUUCUACUAUCUGCAAAUACAAGCGAUCAGUGUGUACGGUAGAAAACGGCUCAAAUCAGCGGCGAAUCAUCAGUUGGUCAACACUUCUACCGUUGUGGAUAAGGGAAAAGCAAUUAACUUAGACAACCUGUUAAUGGGAGAUGCGGGAUACCGGAAACCAAAGACUUAUCCUACCCUCAAGGAUGGUAUGUCCACCGUAUCGAAUGGCAAUGGAGCGAUUCGAAACAUGGGCUCCAGCAGCGGCGCUACCAUGCGUUAUCAUUUUCGCAUACAAAAAUCGGGCCUUGCAGUACGGCUUACCUGGUCUGCCAAGGGCUAUGGACGUUACCGGGUGCAAAUCUGUCGUGGCAAUCGCGACUGUCUGACUGUGGCCCGAAACGGUGGCGGAGGAAGCAGCAGCAGCAGUAGUGUACGGUCCUACAACGACUAUCUUCUUUGGCACGAUGUCGUUUCGCGUCGCAACACGUACGAGUUCGGUAAGCUCGACUUUGAUACGCGCUACUCUGUGGGUGUUCGAAUAGGACACCGGCGGAAUCCGGGAUACGAUAUUGUGCGGUCGUUUGUUACACCUAAAUGUGAGCAUUUUCGGGAUCAGAAUCAAACCCAUACGCUAGCAAUGGGAUGCUCAGUUUAGGUUAACCAACCUUUACGAAACAUAUUCGCUUGCCGUUCUACUAUUGGAUUCCUAAUGUUAUGCAAAUGAUUGUAGUACAAUGCGUGAUGUAGUUGGACGAUAAUAAACAUAAUUGCGUUUAGUUUUAACGUAGCCAAC